CAUGACAUCAACCUGCUUCUAGUCCUGGACGACGACUUGCCGCAUCUUUGAAAGUUAAAGGGGUUUCAUGGAUUUAAUGUUAGCCAGUGAAGGUAUUUUCCCACGGACAACCAAGAGCCAUUGUCCGUCUGCGUAUGGGGUUAUUUCCAUUGCAUGAACACAGUUAAGUGCUGGCACUGGCUACGCUUCGUUGGCUUCCUUGUUUACACGUUAGCUAGCUAGCUAGCUAGCGUAAGAGCUAAUUAAUGUUAGCUAGCAAACAUCGUCACUGAUUGCAUUGCCUGUUUAAUUGCCACUUGUUUUCUUAUGGCUAUCUAGAGGUUGACUAUAUGUAUGUUGUACUAUGCAAACUGGGUCCAUGCAAUGUAAAUUACCACAUUGUUUUUCAACACUGCAACGUUAGCUAACUAAAAGUAACGGUGUCUUACCAUUAAUGUACAAUAUAAAGUAUUGACACCAUAGCUCUAUUGAGAUUUUUUAUCAUUAGGAGAUUGGGUUAUAAAAGCAAAUGCGAUAGAUGACUAUUGGAAAUGGCGUAGCUACUUAGCAUGGGAACAUCUCAUGGCAGUCCGUAGAUGUCAGGGCAGAGGAGGGUUUACAGUGGUAACGUUAGCCACAUCGCCCCUCAACUGUCUCCGGAGGCCAACUAUAGAAUUAAACAUCAAUCAGCUGUUAACGUUGGAACGUUAUCCCUGAAACAAAGGACUAUGGAGUCUGUUAGGAGUGCUUUCCACGCUCAGCUGGCCACCGUCAUGGACUCGCUUCUGGCAGCCGCUGUGUGCGAGAUCGCCAAGAUCUUUGAAAGCAGCCUGUGUGAACAGCAGGCGGAGCUAGCGCAGAAAACAGAGGAGAUCUCCAUCCUCCGAGGCAAGUUGGAGAAAGUGGAGAGGAGGCAGAAGGCGAAAGGUGGAGGUUGCGAGGAAGGGGAGAUGUCAUCAGGAGACAGAGAGGGAAUCUUAAGGCCGCAGACCCUGACAGGAUCAGUACUGAAUGUGGGGAAGGCCAUGUCUUCUCAUUCAGACCCAGCAGAAGGACUGAGUCAGAGCCUCAGCGGCCUGAAAGAAGAGGUGUCAGGCCAGGAUGGAGCUUCAGUAAAACAUGAGCGUGCUGGAUUGCAACCGACCCUGGGGUCUGUAGCAGUCCAAGUCCCAGAGGGAAGCAUUGCUGCUGGGGACCAGAGGCAGAAAGAUACACUGUCUGCCACACAAGCCAAGGCCAAAUUGUCUCAUUGGGAUCAGGGCAGUGCAGACCACAGAUCCCUCCAGAAUCAAGCCUCCACCCCUUUUCUCUCCAUCUCCCAAAGCGGGCGUUGCUCCCCCAGGCCUGACCCAAGCCUAGCUCAACCAGGGGAGUGGUUACCACGGUUGGACACCACCCGGAGUAGGGUGUCCGGUCUGGAGAACCUGCAGGCAGAUGGCACCAGCUGCUCUGAUCCAGCUAGCAGCAGCACUGGCACAGACACACCCUGCUUUCGACCAGGUUUUGGCUCAGACGAAACCAGCAACGAAGAUGACGACAGUUCUUUUCCUUUCCUGGACCAGGAGCCUGAGAACCACAACUCCAAUCAGAACUCAGUACAGACCCAAGGUGUGGGGCAUAGGGGGGCUCGGCAGGUUCAGCCCCAAGCCCCUUCUAGCGAAUCACCAUGGAGACCCAGAGAUGACAGGGGUGGGAGAGGCCCCAUAAAUCACACACGGCGGGUCACAACCUUUGUCAAUAGAGACCCUCUCCGACCACAAUCCAAUUCACAGUCGCUCACGUUACGGCAUACAAACUCUCUCAGCCCCCCUCCAGCGCCUGGGGGAGGGAAUGGACGACCUUACACCUGUCCAUACUGUACCAAGUGUUUCACCUACCCCUCCCACCAGCGCAGACACCUUUUACGCCACACAGGAGUCAGACUGCAUCCAUGUCAGUUUUGUGACAAGAGCUUCCUCACUCCCUCUGAGCUUACUGUGCACACUCGCACACAUACAGGGGAACGCCCUUUUGGCUGCGCUCAAUGUGGUAAACGAUUUGCCCGCAGCGGGAACUUAAGAGCCCACCAACGUGAUGUUCACAUGGGGAAGAGGCCCUUCGCUUGCACAGAGUGCGGGAAAAGGUUUGCCCACAGGGGGAACCUGAGAGUGCACAAUCACAGAGUCCAUCAAGGAGAUCCCUACUACAUGGAUGAUCAGCAGGAGCCUGACAUAGGCCCUAAUCCCAUUUGAAAAGAUUUAAAAAGAAAAAUGAUGGCUGUGCACUUUAAUUUUGUUUGCAAAAUAAACUUUAGGAACUUAGAAACUUAUUUCUAAAUACUAAAAAGAGUACAUAAGUAUUGAAAGGUGUUGUACCCAAAAAUAGGAAGGAAAAAAACAGCCGGUUGGCAUUGCCUCUAUGUGGCAAUCACUGACCAUUCCCCCAACAGCCUACAUGAAAUACCUACGUUCUUUUGCGGCCACAUGCAUUAACAUGCACAUGGGGCCAGUCUGGCCAUCGAAACAAAGAACAGAGCAACUUGAAUUACACAUCAGUGGUUGCGUUAUACUUUUUUGAUAUCUUCAUUAAUAUCCUCUGCUUUCCUGUUUCACCAUAAAAAAAAUCUUUACGUGAAGAGCAGAUCUCUGUGGCACAUGCUCACCCCUAUCGUGCUGCUCUGAUUCCUGGUGUAGGCAGAACAAGAGGAGAGACAAGUGGAGCGAAGUGGUCAGUACUUGUUACAAGCAGGCUUGAAUUAAUAAAGUUAUGGUAGAUUGCCCUCAGAGUUCUAGUCUGUCAAAAUGACGGACGGCCUUCAGAUUGUUCUGGCAUUGCUAAAAAUAUUCCAUCAGUGACUGAAAAAUAUUUGGCUACCGCGACCUCUGCAACACACACAGAGGCAGUGGGACUGCAUUCUCUGCUCAGGACGCCUUUACUCCGCUACAUGUCUACAUAUCAAGUAUUUGUUUGCUGCUAUGUUAAUGUGAGUACAGCCCCUUUUACAAUUUGAUAUUGGGUAAACAUAAUAUUAACCACCGUCAAAUUUUAUUAUAUGUACAAUACACGGUCAAGGUACAUUUAAUUUGAGUGACUGAUUGUUUUUUUCCAAAUAUGAUUCAAUGUUAGAAUUAUAGGUUGCACUGGAAAAAAAACCUUUGUAUUAACUGUAUUGUAAGUGGCUGGAUAUAAUCAUCCAUGAGUAAUUUAUUGUUGUAAAGAAAAUAACUUUUCUCCAGGAUGACACUAUUCCAGUUAUGUUCUUCCCAUAAGUGAAAAGUCACUGAACAGAUCUGAGCACCUUUUCAUGACAUAAAAUGAAAGAAAUACAAAUACAGGUUUUUAAUAAAGCCUAUAAAGAAAGUCUAGUUGGUAUUAGAUUUAAAGAGGACUGGGUAUUGUUAAAACAUUUUCGAUACUGUUUGCCAAACAAUACUUUUUCAACACCAAUUUUAUAAAAUCCAUUUUAACAAAAAGAAAAACAUUACAGUUAUCUAUUAAUUUAUUUUUUACUUCCUACUACGUGAGCCCUUUCUCUGUGUAACAUAUAGAGUGUAAUGUUAGGCAGCCAAUCAGUAUCAUUUUAGAUCUUGGUAGAAGCAUGCUGCAUGCUUUUUGGCUCAGUGACGCUGAUGAGAUUUACUCUUUAGGUAUUGAAAUUUUGCAUUGAAUGACGAGGCAUUUUUUGCUACUUGAUGUUAAGGAGACAUUUUGGUCGGUACCUAAAAAGUAUUGAAAUCUCUACCCAGCCCUAAAUUUAGACCAGUGGCAUGCAGAGGUUAGAUAGUACAUCCCUUCCUUUAAAAUUGUGCUUAUGUACUGCCCAUCUCCCCAACCUUUAAUUUUGAUGGUGUUGUAAAAUAGAAACAUGUUAUUGCAACAAGUACAUCACCGUGUUGUUAAAGAACUGUGCUUUUAUUUUCCAUACUGUUUUUGCAAAGUGAAAUUAAAUAAUUUACCUAUGUCCAAAGUA